UCCUUUUCAUCUCUUCCCUCCUCCUUCCUUCUCAUCUCUCUCUCUCUCUCUCUCUCUCUGAACAAAAAAUAGAUAUUUUUCUUUGGUUUGUUGUUGUUGUUUGCUUCCCCGAUGGAGAACAAUUACGAGGUGAAUAUUGUUUCUCUCGAGACGGAUCGCGAUGCGGAAGCGGCGGCUGAAUCGCAGAGCGAGUCGUCGUCUCUAUCGAACUCGCUCGAGUCGCGUGGCGAUGAUGCGGAUUCGAAUCUGGGUGAAUGGACGAAUGAGAGACACAGCUCUUAUCUUGAUUCUUUGGAGAACUCGUUUGUUAGGCAGCUGUAUUCCUUGCUAGGAAGAGAGGAGACUCGGAGUGUCUCUAGAACUCGUUAUGUGCAGUCUGACUCUCACAAAUCGACUGGUCAGGUUCGAAAUGGUUGCCGUCACAAGGUUAACUUUGGAAAGAAACGAGCUUAUUUAGCAACGUCAUCCGUUUAUACCAUUGGGAAUGCUGACCAAGGAAACGUAUUGCGCAAGGCUUUUACUAGAACAUCUACGAGAAACUCUCUGGGGCAUGAGAGUCCAGCUCGAUGCGAUGCAGAGGCAUCAGGGCAGAACUUCAGAGAAGUAGUAGGAGAGAAGGGAUGCAACUCAGGUCUCUCUAGGAAACGCAGAAGAGAAGCUAACUACGACGAGAGUUCAUUGAAUGAUCAGGUUGUGCCGUAAGGAUGGUGAAGCCCCAGAAUGUGAAACGAUUCAAAGCAAUACGAAGUGAAGUUGAGAAAUGGACCUGGAGGGUUUCGUUUGUUGUAUAGAAUGAGGCUGAAGAGAGCCUUACAAAAGGGAUCGAAUGGGAUGAAUUUAGGAUUGGUUUUUGUUUUGUUAAAUUUUGUCUAUGUUAACGAGGGAAGUAUUGGAUAUAUACUAUUAUAGCAUGAUCGUCAUUUCUUUCAUAGCUUUUCAAUCUUCCAAUCUUUCAUUCUUUACUUUCUUCCAUUUAUCUAUCUACCUUCUUUGUUUUCAUUUUGUAGAACACUAUUUUUACUGUGAAUUUUAUAAAUACGUGUCUUUAUUUUGUUCUA